AUGACGUUUGGGCAAAUGGUGAAUGGCUCUUCUUCUAGUGAAUAUCCACUACAAGUUGUUGAUCCAAAACAUGUUGCAGUAGUAGAACCAAAAACUUCUAGUGUUCAUGCACCCAUUAUUUCAACCUUGAAUGAUAGAGUUCGACCCCUUCUCGACUGUGUUGACAAGCUUAGGCAUCUCAACAUCAUGCAAGAAGGAAUUCAGCUUCCUACCAUUGUGGUGGUUGGAGAUCAGUCUUCUGGAAAGUCCAGUGUACUCGAAUCGCUUGCUGGAAUCAGUCUUCCUAGAGGGCAAGGUAUUUGUACUAGAGUGCCUCUAAUCAUGAGGCUCCAAAAUCAUAUUGAGACAGAAGUUCAUUUGGAGUACAAUGGAAAAUCAGUUCCAACAGAUGAAGUUCAUGUUGCGGAGGCUAUUGUUCUUGCAACUAAUGAGAUAGCUGGACAUGGUAAGGGAAUAUCCGACAUUCCUUUAACACUUAUAGUUAAAAAAAAUGGUGUUCCUGACUUGACUAUGGUGGAUUUGCCUGGAAUAACUAGAGUCCCCGUGCAUGGACAGCCAGAAGAUAUCUUUGAACAAAUUUCAGGUAUUAUUACGAAAUAUAUUACACCUGAGGAAAGCAUAAUUUUGAAUGUUCUAUCAGCCACAGUUGAUUUCCCUACUUGUGAGUCCAUUAGAAUGUCCCAAAAGGUGGACAAAACAGGCGAAAGGACUCUUGCGGUUGUGACAAAGGUAGAUAAAGCUCCUGAAGGGCUACUUGAGAAAGUUACUGCAAAUGAUGUGAAUAUAGGGCUUGGUUAUGUUUGUGUUAGAAAUAGAACUGGGAAUGAGUCUUAUGAAGAAGCUCGUAGUGUGGAGGCAAGUCUUUUUGAAACUCAUGCACUUUUAUCCAAAAUUGACAAGUCCAUGGUUAGCAUUCCAAUUCUGGCACAUAAGUUGGUGCAAAUUCAAGCAAACAUCAUUUCUAACUGCUUGCCGGAUAUUGUGAGAAAGAUCAAUGAUAAACUUGCUAUCAAUGUUGCUGCUCUUAAUGAGUUACCACAGCGCUUGAGUUCUGUUGCUGAAGCUUUGGCUACGUUCAUGCGUAUUCUGAGUUCGGCCAAGGAAUCUCUAAAGAAAAUUUUCCUUAGAGGGGAGCUUGACGAGUACCCUGAAGAUUGCGAAAUGCAUUGCACUGCUAGAUUGGCUGAGAUGCUCAACCAAUACUCUGCUGAGCUACGUUCAAAGUACAUUGAAGAAAAGGAAAACUUCUUGAUGGACGAGAUCAUGUCUUUAAGAGAAGCAAGAGGGAUUGGACUUCCAAAUUUCCUUCCUCGUGUUGUUUUCCUUUCUGUUUUACAGCAAAAGGUAAGAGGGAUUUCUGUAACUCCUGAGGAGUUUGUGGAGAAAUUGUGGAACUAUAUAGAGGUGGUCGUCAUCAAAGUUAUGAUGCAUCAUUCGUGUAACUACACACAGCUUCAGUAUUUCAUUAGGAGAGCAGUUCAAAAUUUGAUUGCCAAGAGGAAGGAUGAAUCUGUUGAUUGGGUCCGUGAAAUCAUUGGGAUGGAAAAGCUGACUGACUACACUAGUAAUCCUGAGUAUGCAGCUACUUGUAGUAAGCUCAUGGCUAAAGAAACAAUAUUUAUGGAGAUUAUGAAUUAUAAAAGAACAAACACGCUAAUGCACCUUGAAGGAUUUGGAGAUAUCGAUGUUGGAUAUUUGAGGAAGCAUAUAGAUGUUGUGCAACAAGCUUUUGAAUUGAAGAUGAGGAUGACUGCAUACUGGAAAAUCGUGUUGAUGAGAUUGGUUGAUUAUAUGGCUCUUUAUAUUAUGUUCAGUCUUCAAAAGUUGGUUAACCUUGAGAUCGAGGAUGAUAUUGUUAAGAUUCUGAUGGCAUCGAAUGGUGGUGGCUUUGAGAGAAUGCUGGAGGAAUCACCCGUGGUUGCAGAGAAGCGUCUUAGGCUCAGUAACAGCGUGAAGUUGCUCAAGGAGUCGAAAGUGGUGGUGGUGAAAAUCAUGGACAGAAUUGCUCUUCAUGUUGAUGAGGAAAAGGCUUAAACAAGCUUGAUGCUUUUGGACAGAAGUUUGAUGCUUUUGGACAGCAUGUUUUGUUGUCCUUAAGCCUCUAGUUAUCUUCUUUAAUUUCAUUUAUCUAUCUACCUAGUACUCUUUAUUGAUAUGCAUCAUGUUUUGCUG